AUGAUGAAAAUAGUUAAUAAUAGCGAUUGGUGUGAUGAUGAUGAUGCUUUGGAUGAUGAUGAUGAUGAUGCUUUGGAUGAUGAUGAUGAUGAUGCUUUGGAUGAUGAUGAUGAUGAUGAUGCUUUGGAUGAUGAUGAUGAUGAUGCUUUGGAUGAUGAUGAUGAUGAUGCUUUGGAUGAUGAUGAUGAUGAUGAUGCUUUGGAUGAUGAUGAUGAUGAUGCUUUGGAUGAUGAUGAUGAUGCUUUGGAUGAUGAUGAUGAUGAUGAUGCUUUGGAUGAUGAUGAUGAUGAUGCUUUGGAUGAUGAUGAUGAUGAUGCUUUGGAUGAUGAUGAUGAUGAUGAUGCUUUGGAUGAUGAUGAUGAUGCUUUGGAUGAUGAUGAUGAUGAUGCUUUGGAUGAUGAUGAUGAUGCUUUGGAUGAUGAUGAUGAUGAUGAUGAUGAUGAUGCUUUGGAUGAUGAUGAUGAUGAUGCUUUGGAUGAUGAUGAUGAUGAUGCUUCGGAUGAUGAUGAUGAUGAUGAUGUUGUCCAUAUGAACUUGCACAUGAAAACACACCUAAUAGUAUAA